ACAAGAAGAUUCCUUUUGUAGCUAAACCAUCAAACAUUGGUGUUGAAUUACUGAAUAUAGUUUUGAAAAAAAGUAGCCAACGCAAGGUGAAGACUCCGAUAAAAUUUGGAUAGUAGAAUCGUUCAGAGGCGGCGUAGAACAGCUGCGAAUGGCUUCAAUCACGGCGGUAUCUGCUGACGCCGGCGGAGACCGUACGCCGCUUCUCCACGACUCUAACAUGGAAUAUUCUGGCGGAGAGGCGGAGAAUACUAUACCGCCACCCCCUAUGAUUUCAACUAAUCCUAAACAGCGCCUCGUAUCGCUCGACGUUUUCCGAGGACUCACUGUUGCGUUGAUGAUAUUGGUUGAUGAUGCUGGAGGAGCAUUUCCGUCAAUAAACCAUGCGCCGUGGUUCGGAUUGACUCUCGCAGACUUUGUUAUGCCGUUUUUUCUCUUUGGAGUUGGUGUUUCUGUCAGUCUCGUGUUCAAGAAAGUAGAAAACAGAUUAGAAGCCACGAAGAGAGUAAUGGAAAGAUCUAUCAAGCUCUUUCUCCUAGGAAUGAUCCUUCAAGGUGGUUAUUUUCAUGGCCGUGGUGAUUUAACUUAUGGAAUUGAUCUGGAGAAAAUGCGAAUAAUGGGUGUGCUACAGAGGAUUGCAAUUGGAUAUAUGCUGGCUUCAGUUUUGGAGAUAUGGCUUGUAAACAAUACUGCUGUUAAUUCAGCAAUAACAUUCAUGAAGAGAUAUUCGUAUCAGAUCGUGGCUGGAAUUUUAGUAGGUGUAAUAUACAUGGGUCUGCUGUAUGGCCUUUAUGUUCCAGACUGGAACUUUGAUGCAUCAAGUCUCAUGAUGACCCAACGAGUGCUACUUGGUGCUAAUUCUCAAACUGUCUACUGUGGGAUAAGGGGUAGCCUUGAACCUCCUUGCACUGCAGUUGGUUUCAUUGAUCGAGUUAUUAUCGGUGAAAAUCAUCUGUAUCAACGUCCUGUAUAUAGAAGAACCAAGGAAUGCAGUGUUAAUUCGCCAGAUUAUGGUCCUCCACCACCAAAUUCCCCUGCAUGGUGUCUUGCUCCAUUUGAUCCAGAGGGUAUUUUAAGGUACUUCUGUUUUCUAGUGAGAAUCUCUGCGUUUUCACUUCAUGUAAUGUACUUCAUAUUCCCGGAAAUUCGCUACUAUAUACUCUUCAUUUCUCCAGGUGUCCCACUUUCUAAACCACUGUACACAUUGAGCUAUAUGUUUGUCACAGCAGGGGCAUCUGGUGUUCUUUUGACCGUUAUCUAUUUUAUCGUCGACACAAGAUGCAUUAGGAAGCCUACUAUAUUAUUCCAGUGGAUGGGAAUGAACGCUCUUGUAGUGUAUGCUCUGGCUGCUUGCGAAAUAUUUCCAGCUGCUGUUCAAGGUGUCUACUGGCGUUCGCCUGAAAACAAUCUGGUAGACUUGUCGGAAAGGCUACUGCAAUGGGUCUUCCAUUCAGAUAAGUGGGUAUGGAAGAAAGCGGGCGGCCGAGUUUCCGAUCUGGCGGCGGAGAAAGGAGGCUGGAAAUAGUGAGCGGAAGAGGCUACUACUCCUCCUAUAACGUCGCCAACCAAAUCUACCCGCCGACGAGUUUCCCUCACGAUUCGCCGCCGGUUCGCAUCGACGCGACUCCGGCGGCGAAGCCAUGGGGAUUCGGCGGCCCGCGGAUGAAUCGGCGGAAGCGGAUAGCGAGAUACAAAGUCUACACUGUUGAAGGUAGGGUGAAAGCUUCCUUGAGAAAUGGUUUGCGCUGGAUCAAAAAUAAGUGCUCUCACAUCAUUCAUGGCUACUGAUUUACCAUUUUUUUUCCUUUUAAUUUUCAACAUUUGUUUCUUGCA